UCCUCGCGCUCCCUCCCGAGGGGCCGCGCGCUCGGGCCGCCGGAGAGACGGCCGGGAUGGCGCUGUGACAGCCGGGCCGGAGCUCUCGGCGUCCCCCGCGUCCCGGCCUGAGCCCCGGCGGUCGGCCCAGAGACAUGGAGGCCACAGCCUUCCCUCUGAACCUGACCCUGAAAGUGGAGGAAAGGGAAGAAGAGAUUCCGAGCCCCGAUCUGGGGGGCGGCCCCACAGACACGCAGAAGGUCCGCAUCUGCUCCGAGAGCGCGUGGGUGCCAGCGCUCUUUGACGAGGUCGCCAUCUACUUCUCCGACGAGGAGUGGGAGGUCCUGACGGAGCCGCAGAAGGCCCUGUACCGGGAGGUCAUGAGGAUGAACUACGAAACGGUGCUGUCCCUGGAGUUCCCGUUCCCGAAGCCGGACAUGAUCUCUCGGCUGGAUGGAGAGGAGGAGCCUCAGCACUCGGACACGUGGCAGCUCCAGGGAGGAAGCCUCGCAGAACACGAAGACGCUGACGUCAAGCCCCCGGAUUGGGCCGCCCCGCUGCACGCCCCGUCCCCGCUGCCCCCGCCGCAGCCCCUGGACAGCCUCGGCCUCCGCCUGCCUCGGGACAUUGCCGAGCUGCCCGAGUGGAGUGAGGGGUACCCCUUCUACAUGGCCAUGGGCUUCCCGGGGUACGACCUCUCGGCCGACGAGCUGGCCGCCAAGUUCCAGUUCAGCCGGGGCAUGCGCCGCAGUUACGACGCGGGGUUCAAGCUGAUGGUGGUGGAGUUCGCCGAGAGCACCAACAACUGCCAGGCGGCCAAGCAGUUCGGCGUGCUGGAGAAGAACGUCCGCGACUGGCGCAAGGUCAAGCCGCAGCUGCAGAACGCGCACGCCAUGCGGCGGGCGUUCCGGGGCCCCAAGAACGGGCGCUUCGCCCUGGUGGACCAGCGCGUGGCCGAGUACGUCCGGUACAUGCAGGCCAAGGGGGACCCGAUCACCAGGGAGGCCAUGCAGCUGAAAGCCCUGGAGAUCGCCCAGGAAAUGAACAUCCCGGAGAAAGGGUUCAAGGCCAGCUUGGGGUGGUGUCGGAGGAUGAUGCGAAGGUACGACCUGUCCCUGCGGCACAAGGUGCCCGUGCCCCAGCAGCUGCCCGAGGACCUGACCGAGAAGCUCGUCGCCUACCAGCGUAGCGUCCUGGCUCUGCGCAGGGCGCACGACUACCAGGUGGCGCAGAUGGGGAACGCGGACGAGACGCCCAUCUGCUUGGAGGUGCCGUCCAGGGUGACUGUUGACAACCAGGGAGAAAAGCCCGUCCUGGUCAAGACGCCGGGCCGGGAGAAGCUGAAGAUCACCGCGAUGCUCGGGGUCCUGGCCGACGGCAGGAAGCUGCCCCCCUACAUCAUCCUGAGGGGCACGUACAUCCCGCCCGGCAAGUUCCCCAGCGGGAUGGAGAUCCGCUGCCACCGCUACGGCUGGAUGACCGAGGACCUGAUGCAGGACUGGCUGGAGGUGGUGUGGCGGCGGCGGACGGGCGCCGUGCCCAAGCAGCGCGGGAUGCUGAUCCUCAACGGCUUCCGGGGCCACGCCACCGACUCGGUGAAGAGCUCCAUGGAGAGCAUGGACACCGACAUGGUCAUCAUCCCGGGCGGCCUGACCUCGCAGCUGCAGGUGCUGGACGUGGUGGUCUACAAGCCGCUCAACGACAGCGUGCGCGCCCAGUACUCCAACUGGCUGCUGGCGGGGAACCUGGCGCUCAGCCCCACCGGCAACGCCAAGAAGCCGCCCCUCGGCCUCUUCCUGGAGUGGGUCAUGGUGGCGUGGAACAGCAUCUCCAGCGAGUCCAUCGUCCAGGGCUUCAAGAAGUGCCACAUCUCCAGCAAGCUGGAGGACGAGGACGACGUGCUGUGGGAAAUCGAGGGCGAGCUGCCGGCGGCGGAGAGCAGGGCCUAGGCCGCGUGCGGCCCAGCACAUGCAGCUGUGUGUGGAAUGGUGGGGAGGAGAACCCGCGAGAAGACUGCCGGAGGCGCGGGUGCCCCGGAGCGGCAGGAGCGCAGGGAGCGGCUGGCCGGGGGAGCGCCUGGGCGUUCCGUCCGCUGCCCACGGGCGGCCACAAGUCGUGGAGCCUUGAUUUCCUCAGAGACGUGACUGGGAAAGAAACCGCUUCUGUCCCCUCCUGUCGCGGCGAGUCGCGUGUCCGCCAGAAGAAACCUGUAAAUACGAUGAACAAAGGCAUUUCCUGGAGAAGAGACCAUUUGCUCAACACUCACAGAAGGCUCAUACGGGGUCCCCUCUGCUGGCACCCUUUCUGGGAAGAAAACCUCAAGUCAUUGUUUUCUUCUGCCUUUGAAAAUGCUUCCAGGGGCGGAGCCUGUCUGUCCCCAGCAGGUCAGGACUGUGGAGAAGGCCACGCCGAGACAUGUCAUGUAUGUACUUAACACGUUUCCCCGUUUAGAAAAAGGAGACACUACGAUAACGGAUUCAGACGUGCUGGCCUGGUGCCAGCCGAUGGCUUUCCUAUAAACAAGCCCCGUUAGUGGGGAAGAUACACGUUGAAAUAAA